CGUAUGACGUGUCUAUGUUUACGUUAUGUGUCAUGUAUGUAUGCUUUUAUUUUGCGGUGUGUCGUAGUGAUUUGUGUCGGCAUAUGUUUUGAUUUAGUUCCGUAGUGGUGGUUUAAUUAUUUGGGUAUUAAGUUAUGCUGAGCUGAGAUGAUCUGGUAUUAAAGUAUUGUACUUUAGGAUUUCGUUUCGUUCAGUUACAUUGAACCAAUUACUGAACUUAGAAGAAAAAGCAUUUCUUUAAAAUUUGCCCCAAAUGUCUGAUACCGAUAGUGAUUUAAAUUUUGAGAGCGCAGAUGAGGACACAGAGCAAGAAUUAAGCGAGAAAAGUAACGUAGCAGUACGCCCUUCUGCUAAUAAUGAUGCAGAGAAAAAUCUAAAUGAGCAGUUCUCAUCCAAUGUUAAUAUAUCUGCUAACAAUUCAGACUUAAUAAAAAAGGACGAAGUUUCAAAUGAAACUUCUGCAUUGAUACCUAAUGAAAAUGCUGCUGAUCGGCGAGUCAAGUCUUCCGUAUUUUCCGAACCAGCGGCUGAAAAUACAGGGAAGUGUGUUUCCAAUAACCCUCAGCAUGAAAAACAGUUUAAUGAAAUUACUAAUGAAAAGGCGAAAAAUACUUCCACGUCGACUAUUGAAAAUACAACAGAAAGUGCUCCAAACGAUUCACAGCCUGAGAAACAGAGAGUAACUUUGCGACUCGAGAAAAAACUUAAGCAAAAGCAUGAUUUACCGAAACAGAUUUCCAGCGAGACAGAAGAAAGUUCGUCUACUUUUACACCCACUCAAAGUGAAGGAAAGUCAUCAUCUUCUUGGGGUUUCAGUAGCUGGGGUACCAGUUUGCUAUCUACUGCUGCAUCUUCUGUUACAACAUUUACAAGUCAAGUGUCUCAGGGUAUUGGCACUGUACUUGAAACAGUUGAAAAUACACUUGGAGUUCCACCACCAGAAGAAUUAGCUACUGCCCAGAAUAAGCAAGAUACAAAUGAUUCUCCAUCUGAGACAAAAGUUCCUCAAAGUGCAGAAAGUUCUAAUUCUGAAAAGGCAGAGGAAAAUGAGAAAAGUGAAAGCAGACCGAGCUUGUUACCUUCUUGGACCAAAGUCUUGGAGAAUACUGGGUCAAAAGUCAUUAUGGGUGGAUUAGAUACACUUGAAAUGAUUGGUAAGAAAACGUUUGAUAUUUUGACUGAGGGGGAUCCAGGAUUAAGAAAAAAGAGAGCUGCGUUUUCACCUAAUAUGAAUUUGUCACAGUUACUGAGAGAAGCCAAAGCAGCAGCAGACGAAAAAGACGAGCCAAGUUCUGAAGACAUUGACAGAGUUAAUUACAGUCAAAUAUUUGAUGAAUAUCAAGGACUAGUGCAUCUUGAAGCUUUGGAAAUGCUUUCGAGGCAGAGUCAGGCUAAAAUUCAGCGUCUCAUGAUAAAAUAUGCAAAGAAUACAGAGGUUAAGAACAAACUGGAAGAGAUUCAGACCAUCUGUGAAAAUCUUCCAUCAGCUGAUGAUUUAUCAGAAUGUGAAAAAUUGGAAAACUUUGAACUGGAGCUUAAAAAAUAUAAAAAAUAUGCUGUGCAGUUGAAUUUGCCUUUGAAUGUGGAUAACAUUGUGAAGGUUCAAAGAAAAAUUGAUGCAGACAUCAAGAAACAUUCAAAUUUAACUGAAAUUAGUGAAGCCACUCCUGAAGAAAUUUAUAGAUCUGCCAUUCACAGUUUAGCUGAAUUUACAUCAAAAUGUAUUGAAGCAUUCCAAAAAGUUGCAGAGCUUAUUCUUGUACAAUCAACUAUAGAACAAAAUUUAGAACAAUGUGCCACUAAUCUCACUUGGAUGACAACCGUGAUGUGCUUGGAAGUUGAUAAUCUAUCUUCUAGGUACCACAGGUGUUUGGAUUCUUUACAGGGUAAUUCUGAGAAUCCUGUCCAGUUCAAAGCAGAAGAUAUUACUUUUAAAGUUACAAAUCUUUAUUUAGAGGUAUGAAUUUUAAUUACAAUAAUAAUGUACAUUAUUGAUAAUUUGUAAUACACAUACAAA